AUGGCCAAGUCCAAGAACCACAUAACACAAAACCAGUCCCAUGAAUGGCACAGAAAUGGCAUCAAGAAACCCCAGUUACAAAGAUACAAAUCUCUUAGGGGAGCUGACCCCAAGUUCCUGAGGAACAUGCACUUUGCCAAGAAGCACAACAAGAAGAGUCUGAAGAAGAUGCAGGCCAACACUGCAAAGGCAGUGAGUGCAUGCACAAAGGCCAUCAAGGCCCCUGUGAAGCCUCAGGCCAUCAAGCCCAAGAUGCCAAAGGGCCCCAGCCGCAAACUCUGCUGCCUGGCUUUCAUCGCUCACCCCAAGCUUGGGAAGCAGAUUCAAAGCUACAUGGCCAAGGGGCAUAGGCUCUGCCAACCAAAGCCCAAGGUCCAAACCAAGGCAGAGGUCAAAUCUCCAGCUAAGGCCCAGGCUUCAGCUCUAGCACAGGCUCCCAAAGGUGCCCAGUCCCCUGUGAAGUCCCCAUAG